ACAGAAGGGAGAUAGUUUAGAAAUUGAGAGUGAAGUUCUAUUGUGGAAAGUAAAUUAUAAUAGACGUUUCUGUACUCUUAACUUUUUGAUUUAUUAUAUUAUCAACCUGUCUAUCUCUCACACCCUUCUUCAUUAGCUACCUCAAGAGUUUACAGGAAACGGUUCUGUAAACUUACUAUUGAUUGACUACACUAAAUGAGGGGAGCAAUGGGUUCUUCCCCUCGUGGAGGCCAUCGAUUAUCGGCAUCAAUUGAAGAUACAUAUAGAAGAAGAUCACAAAGAACUAAAGCUAAGGACUCAGAGAAAGCUCCUUUCCACAUAUCUAUUCAUGAAAGGAAUCCCAAAUGCAAGUUUCCUCUGCUUAAGCUUGUCCUACUAGUUGUCAUUUUCGGCACUUUAGUAACACUUUUGUACUCUCCUGAUAUUUACCACAAUAACAACCAUCCAUCUUCAAAUUCUGUUUCUCAAGAGAGUUUUGUAAAGAGGUGGAUAUGGGGUGGAUCAGAUCCAAGAUAUGUAUCAAAUAUAAAUACAAACUGGGAUGACAUUUCUAUAGUUGUCAAGAAGUUGAAUCUGAAGAAUGAAUAUCAGGGAAUUGGACUAUUGAACUUCAACAACAGUGAACUUAAUCAAUGGAAGCAGCUCACACCAGAUGCCAUUCACAUUGUUCUGCAAUUAGACUAUGCUGAGAGAAAUGUAACGUGGGAUUCAUUAUAUCCAGAGUGGAUAGAUGAGGAGGAAGAAGAAGAUGUUCCCAUUUGUCCAUCUUUGCCAAAGCUAAAAAAUCCAGGAAAACGACUUGAUCUCAUCGCGGUUAAGCUUCCUUGUCGAAACGAGGGGAACUGGUCCAGAGAUGUUGCACGACUUCAUUUACAACUUGCAGUUGCUGAACUUGCCGCCUUUUACAAAGGAUACAAUCCAGUGCAUGUUGUUUUAGUUACUGAGUGUUUUCCUAUACCAAAUCUUUUCAAAUGCAAGGAACUUGUGGCCCGAGAAGGCAAUGUUUGGCUAUACAAGCCAAACUUGAAUGUGCUGAGGGAAAAAGUCCAGCUUCCUAUUGGUUCUUGUGAGCUUUCUCUUCCUCUUGGGGGAAAAGUAGAUGCAGUCACUUCUGGAAAUGUACACCGAGAAGCAUAUGCAACCAUCCUCCAUUCAGCUCAUGUUUAUGUUUGUGGAGCCAUUGCAGCUGCUCAAAGCAUCAGAAUGUCUGGCUCUACACGGGACCUUGUCAUCUUGGUCGAUGAGUCCAUAAGUGGCUACCACAGGAGUGGCCUUGAAGCAGCUGGCUGGAAAAUCAAGACUAUACAAAGAAUUCGAAAUCCGAAAGCUGAGAAGGAUGCUUACAAUGAGUGGAACUACAGCAAGUUCAGGUUGUGGCAACUAACUGAGUAUGACAAGAUAAUAUUCAUAGAUGCUGACCUUCUAAUCCUUAAAAACAUAGAUUUCUUAUUCAGAAUGCCUGAGAUUUCAGCCACAGGAAACAAUGGCACCCUUUUUAAUUCUGGUGUGAUGGUUAUUGAACCUUCAAACUGCACAUUCAACCUACUAAUGGAUCACAUUAAUGAGAUUGAGUCUUACAAUGGUGGAGACCAAGGCUACUUGAAUGAAAUCUUCACAUGGUGGCAUCGAAUUCCGAAACAUAUGAACUUCUUGAAGAACUUUUGGAUUGGAGAUGAUGAAGAGGUGAAGGCAAAAAAGACUAGACUGUUUGGUGCUGAUCCACCAAUUCUCUAUGUUCUCCACUACUUGGGAUUGAAGCCCUGGCUAUGUUUUAGGGAUUAUGAUUGUAACUGGAACGUUGACAUUUUACAAGAGUUUGCUAGUGAUGUUGCCCAUGAGAAGUGGUGGAGAGUCCAUGAUGCCAUGCCUGAGCUGCUUCAACAGUUUUGUCUUUUGAAGUCUAAGCAGAAGGCACAGUUGGAGUGGGACAGAAGGGAAGCUGAGAAGAUGAACUUCACAGAUGAACACUGGAAAGUCAAAGUCAAAGAUCCCAGGUUAAAGAAGUGUGUUGACAAUUUGUGCAACUGGAAGAAGAUGCUGAAGCAUUGGGGCGAGACCAAUUGGACUGAUAAUGAGUUCUAUAAUCCUUCACCACCAGCUAUUCCCAAAACUUCUCUCUCAUCAUCAUAAGUUGAUUUGUUCUACUUUCUUUUUUCCAUUUUUUUCUUAAAGAACCAAAAAGAAAUUGAGGUUAGGUCAACACAAAAGAAAUGAAGAAAAAAAAUGUUGUUUGUGACCAUUGACCAACAACAUUGCUCUCUUUGAGCACUGAGUUCACCGUUUUUGUUUUACUACCUGGUUCUUUUAUACUAGAGUUAAAAAUGCUGUUUUUUAUAGAAUUGUUGUACUUAAUAAUACACAGUGGUUUAGGUCAA